AUGAAGCUCUCUCUUGUUAUUGUUGCCGCUUGCAUUGCCUUGGCCCAGGCUGCUCCUGCUAAGAGGUCGCUGAACUGCAAGGCUGUUGGUAACGCAGGUUUCCUCCUCGGUCAUAAGGGAGACAGCAAGGUUACGUACGAAUUCGAUGACAACGUGCUUCGGGAGGUCUCGAAGACAAGCCAAAAGUUCGAGUUCUACGAGUGUGAUGCCCCCUCGGACAAAUACUUCGGUACUGGCGUUGGUGCCGUGAUCGGACAGAUCCGCAGCAAGGAUGAUGCCUCGAUGUGUGUAACAGCUGGCUCUGUGGCGCCUCAGGCUAGCGAUUUGGAGCCCAAGACGUUUGGCGAGGGUCGUGUUACGCUGGAAAAGUGCGCAUGCAAUGACUCGGAGGGCGACAUGACUCUUCGCAGGCAGUGGUUUACUAUGCCCCUGGGCGCACCUACCUGCCCGCCACUGAUCUCUCAGCGUGGUUACAAGAACGAUGCUGCUCAGGGUAUGGUCUCGGAGUUCGACGACAAGUCUGUUCGUCUCGUGAAGGGCGACAAGGAGGGCUCUAAGUACCUUUACCUCGGCGACGAUGUGGCUGACAGCUGCAAGUAG